UCUAUGUAUCACCUAUUUUUUUUUUACUUAAUUAUUUUCUUCAUUUCCUCUUUCUACUUAAGUAAAGCCUCACCUUAGUCCCCCUGCAUCCCCCCAAAAUUUAUAGUGUGGGGGCAGCUGGGGCUUUCUGAGUCCCUCCACUUCUUCCCUCAGAUUUCCCCCUCAGAUUUUUUCCUGACUCACUAUCAUGGCCACAGAACCUUGCACACAACAGGGGUUCUGUAAAUAGUGGCAGAAUGAGUGAAUCUGUUGGCAUCCCUGAGGAGGCCAUCAUCAGCUUUCCAUUCCACUUUUUGCCAAGUCUAGGCUGCAAAAACCCUGAAACUGGUGGUCUUAGUAUUAUGACUGGGAACUUAUAAGUCUCAUUUCAUAAUAAAAUAAAAAGAAUUUAUCUUCAUUUUAUUUAUGUUGAACUCUGCUAAAAGGUACAAAAUGGACCUGUGUGCCUCUUGCCAAAUUUACACACACACAUACACUCACACAUACACACAUUUUAAAAAACUGUCACAGCAAUUAAAAAAAAAAUAAAAACAGAGCCUAAGAAGAUCACUAGUAAAGUAGGAUGGAGCUGUUCUCCCUCACGGCUCAAAUUGUUUGCUUUGGUGACCAACCCGCACUGGUAAACAACCUGAAGUACAAGUUCAGCCUUUUCAUGACCCAAAUUCAUCACUUUAAGACUAAAAUUCAUGUUCAGAUUUGCUGACACUAUUUAGACAGCUUAUGUAACAACACUCAACUCUGUUGGGUAGAUUGGCUAAUGGUGAUUAACCUCCUUGGUAUGGAAGAUUUUAGAUUAAAGCAGAAUUUUAAAUUACAAUAACUAGCUGAUGGAGUUUUGCAGAACAACUUUAAAAAUCCCCAAGCCACAAAUGUAAUAUUUGCAUUAUACACACACUCCUUUCAUUCCCUUGAAUUGAUAACACUUCGCAAUCACAGGAUUUGGCCUGUGAGAAAAUAAACGAGCUUUUCAGCAGUACGAGCUGAUGCACAACUUUGUUUACUGAUCAGUCAUAAAAGUUUUUAUGAACUUCAUCUCGCACCCACAACACCUUGUAAAGUGACCCUCUCACUAUGUGAACACAACGAAUGUCUACAGAGGAAAGAACCAAGUAUUAUGAGGAUUAACUACUGGAACGGAAUGUGUCUAUUAAUAGCUCAUAGUAGGCACUAAAUAAUGGCAACCAUUGUUAUCAAAUUCAACAACACUCACCAAACAGAAAUGGGGAGGUGGGAUGGUAAAGGGGAAGUUUAACUGAGCUUGGAAGGGGUUAAUAUGCAGGGUUGAGAGAAUCUGCCCUUAAGAAUCUUUCAAGAAGACAGGGAUCCUGCCCAAAUGCCAUUGCAGUGCCAAGGGUAGGGAGCCUAGCCAAAGCUGAAGUUGGGCAUACCCACGCCACUACCUUCAGGCCAUCCUUCCAUGCACUGGAGUGCUCCAGGCGACACACAGGAGAACCUUGUUUACUGUUCUUGAACCAAGGCUUGAGAUCCUUCUGUGGGCAGAUGCCUGCACAUCACCUCUGUAUCAUCUGAGUGAAGGACUCUGAGGCCCUGGUAUUUGCAAUAAUCGAUCUCAUCCUACACUUGUCCUUCCAAGCCAGUGUUUCUAAGAGUGGUCCUGAUCUGUGAUCACUCCUGGAACAUCGGUUAAAAAGUGCAGAUCCCAAGGACCCAAGCUAGACUUGUGAAUCAGAAUUUCUGGAGAUGAGGCCCAGGAAUUUGUUCAACAAGCUUCCAUAGUAGUUCCAGGCAUAUGGAACUUUUUGAAAUUCACUGCUCUCGGAGAAAAUCCAUGCUUUUUGCAUUUUUUUUUUUUAAUGGAAAAAGGUUGCUAGAGACUUUUAGCUGGAAAUAUAAGAGAAGAUAAUAACAGUAAUAAUAAUGGGCGGAGUCAUGGGGAGGGGUCGUUUGAAGCUCUGUUUGAGAACCUGCUGGCGUUGGUGUUGUUGGCCUGUCUCAGCCACCCUGAUGCUCAGGCAGGAACUCCUGAAAAAAAAAAAAAACGUCUGGGCCGCGCCCUAUGAGACCAUUGAAAGGUCUGGGAUGUCCAUUGCAUCCUUGGGGUCACCUACGCCACAGGAAGUUCUGGACAAGAACUUCCCAACAAUCCAUAAGCGGACGCCCCGAGGCGCGAAGCACGUUGGCGGCCACAGGAAACUCCGGGCAGCCCAGCCCUCCCGCUACCUUCUGCAACUGCAGUCAGCUCCUAAAAGUGAACGUGGCACAAAAAGAUGGGACUUCCGGCCCUGGAAGCCAAUGCGCAUGUGGCAGUCAACCGGUUACGCAAUACUUCCUGUCGCGUGAUCCUGAGGACCAAUGAAAAUGCAUAAUUGCAGUCCACGUGCCUCGGUUUCCGUUAGCAACCAGAGGCUUCUAAACAACCUACCCUCCUUCCCCGUCUUCUGUGGUCCAACUACCCUCGGCGAUCCCAGGCUUGGCGGGGCAGCGCCUGGCCUCUCCCGUUCCUUUAGGCUGCCGGCUGCCGCCUGUCGCCUGCCGCCAUGGCAGAGUUGGGCCUAAAUGAGCACCAUCAAAAUGAAGUUAUUAAUUAUAUGCGUUUUGCUCGUUCAAAGAGAGGCUUGAGACUCAAAACUGUAGAUUCCUGCUUCCAAGACCUCAAGGAGAGCAGGCUGGUGGAGGAGACCUUCACCAUAGAUGAAGUCUCUGAAGUCCUCAAUGGAUUACAAGCUGUGGUUCAUAGCGAGGUGGAAUCUGAGCUCAUCAACACUGCCUAUACCAAUGUGUUACUUCUGCGACAGCUGUUUGCACAAGCUGAGAAGUGGUAUCUUAAGCUACAGACAGACAUCUCUGAACUUGAAAACCGAGAAUUAUUAGAACAAGUUGCAGAAUUUGAAAAAGCAGAGAUUACAUCUUCAAACAAAAAGCCCAUCUUAGAUGUCACAAAGCCAAAACUUGCUCCACUUAAUGAAGGUGGAACAGCAGAACUCCUAAACAAGGAAAUUUUAAGACUUCAAGAAGAGAAUGAGAAAUUGAAGUCAAGGUUGAAGACCGUUGAAAUACAGGCUACAAAUGCACUGGAUGAAAAGUCAAACCUAGAAAAAGCACUGCAAGAUUUACAGCUUGAUCAAGGAAAUCAAAAGGAUUUUAUAAAGGCCCAAGACUUGAGUAACUUGGAAAACACUGUCGCUGCUUUAAAGAGUGAGUUUCAGAAGACACUUAAUGACAAGACAGAAAACCAGAAGUCACUGGAGGAGAAUCUGGCAACAGCCAAGCACGAUCUACUCAGGGUUCAGGAGCAGCUGCACAUGGCUGAAAAGGAAUUAGAAAAGAAAUUUCAGCAAACAGCAGCUUAUCGAAACAUGAAAGAGAUUCUUACCAAGAAGAAUGACCAAAUCAAAGAUCUGAGGAAAAGACUGGCACAAUAUGAACCUGAAGAUUAAAACUGAAGAUUUCAUCGGGAAGCUACAACAUGCAAACAUACAAGCAGUCUCACCUCAGGCAUGUAUUUUGAAGCAUUUUGUCAUAUUCCCUCUCCUUAUUUUUCUAAUAUUUAGACUUUGAAUAUUUAGAACUAGAGUUCCUAUUUUCAGCUAGUUGAAAACAGAGAAAACCUAGUGAUUCUGUCUGGUCAUCCCACACACCUCUCUACUGAGUGCUCCAGAGUCUUAGCUCACAUGCACUGAGAAUUCUUUACAGCAAAGAAGAGAUUUUUAGAGUGGGAAGAAGAGGCUUAUCCUUCUGCAUUAGUAUAAAGAGUCUGUAUUUUUAAUAAGUGUUAAAGAAGCUAACAAUGUUUGUACUUAUGCAUUCCCCAUGGGUAAAAAUAGAUAAUAGCAUUAUUAAAGAUAGUUAUUACCAAAAAAGAGAGUUAUUACAAAUAAAUAUCUCUUUAUUUUUAAAAAUGAAAUCUUAAUUCAUUUACUCUAUUUGAUGAUAAACUAUGAAUUCAUUGAAAAUGUGAAUUCUAUUAUGAGUAGCCUUUUUACCAAUUAUAAGGAAAAUUUACAGCAGUGAACAUGAAUAUUCACUUAGCUUCCUCAGUCUCUCCAUCUUAAAGACCAUUUAUCAGAGGAGGUUCAGCAUUUUUUGCAGCAUAACUUUUCGUGAGUCUGUAUUACUAAUGGAUAAGUCAAAUCCAUCCUGCACUUCUACAGUUUAGAAAGUAUCUGGACUCAGAAUAAAUGUAAUAUUUAUACUUGUUUCCAGAAUGUUAUUUUACAUUUUAUGUUACAUAAGAACACUUUUUAAAAGACUUACAUUCAACAUAAAAUCAGCUAUCAGACUUCAGAUUAGACUUUAUUUAUGUGAGUCUAUAAUAAUUGUAUUUUCAAGAGGUUUUCACUAUAUUUUUGUUGGCCUGGUUUUCUCAGACGAUUUUGGACAAAUCAUUAGAAACUGGGCAUCAUAUCCACAGUUAUGUAAGGCAGUGAUAUACUAUAAGGAUAAACAAAGUCAAGUCCAUAAAGCAAUAAUCCCUCAGAAGGAAAUUCCUUGCUUUUCACAUAUUAAUAUUUAGUAAUUUUUCCUGCUUCUAAAAGUAAGAGUAUCACACCCUAAAUGAACACUGUCUACUAAGAGCCAUCAUUCCACUUCCACAAAUGAAGAUUUUAUUCCAAGAAACAAGUUUACUGAUUGGAGCAUAGGGCUUGUUGUUAUUUUUAUUCAAGCUUUUAGUAAUAGCCUUGAAUUUAUUAUUUUUCUUAUAGGCUUUUUGUUAAAAUAGUGAAGGAACAAAUGUUAAAGGGUAAGAUAAUUUCCCUGCAAAAGGACACAGAAGGCAGUCUUAAGAAGAUGAAUGGAUCAGAGAAGGGAGAGAAUAAAAUGCAAUAACAAGCCAGCAUUUACUAUGUAUUUUCUCCUCACCUGUCUCUCCAUAUUUAGGUCACUUACCAGUUUCUGUGCCCUUUUGGAGCUUUUGUUGAGGGCUUCAUUCUCACCCUGUAUUUCUUUAGCCCUAAAUUGACACUCUCUCCAAAAAUCCAUUCCAUUGUCUGUGGACCAAGAUGUUCUAUAUAAUUCAGAAGCAGAACUCUUGGCUAAAGGGCUAGUGUGGCCUUCAGAAACCAUUCAAUUAUUUUCUUCCUACACUUUUGUCAGUUUGAUACCAGUGAGGAAAAAACGUAUGUUGAUAAGAAACCUAUAUUACUAGGUAGAAUUUGUACUUGUUUUCUUGGUAGCAGUUUUGAAAUAUUCUGUACAGUAUCUUCCUAUUGUUUAAUAAUAAGUUCAAAAAUAUUUCGAAAACCUUAAAACCAACUAUGCCAAGCAUUAAGAUAAACAAAUAUGAUGUUCUUUGGCGUAAAUCAACAUGAUGAUUCUUUCACAUGUAAACACAUUUUAGUGUUUCUGGUGUGUCAUUUUUGUUGUUGUUGUUGUUGUUAUUUACUCUAUACCCUUUAGCAAAAUACAGUUUUAAAUUUUCAUUGUUUUUAGUAGUUUCCCAACUUUAAGAUUUAUCUAAUUUAACUGAGAAAGAAAGCCUUUUUCAUAUAUAUAUAUUGGAUUUCUAAGGAUGUUGGUUUGAGCCUUGAUUAGACUUUUGAUGUACUAAGCCAGACAGGCAGUCUGUACAUUGGUGAUCAUCACAAUGCAGCUUUGGUUUAAUUUAAUUCAGGCCUGCUGCUGAGUUAUGCACAGACUUUUUGUUGACUAAAAUAAAAUAUAAAGGGUUUUCUUCUGUUUGACAUUUGUGUUCAUUUUUUCUCUUUAUGUAUUACAUUUUAACCUAUAUUAAAUAAAUGUUUAAAUGAUAA